CAUUGUACCAACAGGCAUUACUACAGAUUACUAAACGCGGGGCUCUCGGGAGGACCCAAACAACUUGUACCGGAAAUUGUGAGAGCAUGAAGUAAACAUUGGAGUUAACCCUCAAAUUAUCUGACUUCCAGCUCUUUCAGACUCCUCGGAGUGGGUAAAAUGAACAACAUGUCACCUGAGGUUGCUCUGCACCGGAUCUCCCCUGAGCUGCGGCCCUUGCUGUGCAGCGUGGUGAGAAACGGCCGUGUGGGGCUGGACUCCACAAACUGCCUCCGUGUCACAGACCUCAAAACUGGAUGUACAUCUCUGACCCCUGGUCCUUGCUGUGAUCGUUUUAAACUUCACAUCCCCUAUGCUGGAGAAACCCUGAAAUGGGAUAUCAUAUUCAAUGCACAGUAUCCCGAAUUACCUCCAGACUUUAUUUUCGGAGAAGACGCAGAGUUUCUGCCUGAGCCCUCAGAGUUACCACACUUGGUCCACUGGGAUGCGGAGAACCCAGAAUGUUUGCUCCAGCUGGUGAAGGAGCUCAUCCAGCAGUACCAUCACUACCAGUGCCAGCGUCUGCGUGAGAGCUCCAGACUGCUCUUUGAGUACGACAGCCUGCUGGAAGAUCCAAACUACGGCCGCAACAUGGAGAUUUACGCCGGGCGCAAGAACAGCUGGACGGGAGAAUUUUCGGCCCGUUUUCUUCUCAAACUCCCCGUGGACUUCAGCAACAUCCCCGUCUAUCUCCUUAAGGACACGGCCCUGGACCCUGGAGAGGACGUGGCCCUUCUCUCUGUGAGCUUUGAGGAUGCUGAGGCUACCCAAGUCUUUCCUAAACUGUACCUUUCCCCCAGCAUCGAACAUGCUCUGGGAGGCUCAUCAGCACUUCAUAUCCCAGCAUUUCCCAGCGGAGGAUGCCUAAUUGACUAUGUCCCUCAAGUGUGUCAGUUACUUACCAACAAGGUGCAGUAUGUUAUCCAAGGAUAUCACAAGAGGAGGGAAUACAUCGCCGCUUUCCUCAGCCACUUUGGAACGGGGGUGGUGGAGUAUGAUGCUGAGGGGUUCACAAAACUCACCCUUCUACUCAUGUGGAAAGACUUCUGCUUCCUUGUGCAUGUGGACCUCCCACUGUACUUCCCCAGGGACCAGCCCACCCUCACCUUUCAGUCUGUGUAUCACUUCACCAACAGCGGUCAGCUCUAUUCUCAGGUGCAGAAGUCGUAUCCCUACAGCCCGCGCUGGGACGGCAAUGAGAUGGCCAAGAGGGCAAAGGCAUACUUCAAGAGCUUCAUCCCUCAGUUCCAAGAGGGAGCCUUUGCCAAUGGAAAACUCUAGUACACUCUUUCGCUUAAUGACAUGCCUGGAGAGCUGCCUGUGGGAGUGUCUUUUUGAGUGUGUGUUUGUACGUGCCAUUGUGCACCUGUAUGUGAGUGUGCCCAUCUGUGGAAUGUACUGUAGUGAGAAUGACGACGUGCUUCCUGCACAGACUCUUUGAAUCCCAUCUGAAAAUGGUUGCUUCUCAGUCAGUACCUUCACUUUUUAAUAGUAUUUUCCUGUAGAUUGUAGUGGUACAGGCCCUGCAGCACGACACAUCCAAACGCUGGCUGCACUAACAAUCGAUUUGCAUGAAUUCCAGAACAAUAAACGGCUUUUAUUUUGAAAAGUAACUCCAAACUCCGACGGGAGAUUCAUUUGACAGCCAGUACAGUACGAUUAGUCUGUUGGGUCUAACAGUAAGUAGAGUUGUAUUGUUGUGUUUUGCCAAGCCACAGAUGACUUGAGUCACAACAGUCCAUCCAGAGAUACUGUGAAGCGAACGCAUCUUAGCAUACACGAACAUUACAGAGAGCUAUCCGGACAAUGCGAAAUGUUUUCGUUUUCCAUUUGCGUUUUUUUUUUCCCCCACUCACGUGAUUCCAUGUCACGUUUGUUUCCUCUUUCUAUGUUAAAUUCCAACUUGUAUUUUUAAUCACUAAAAUGUCAUAUGUGUUGUUUGUGAAACCUUUUACUGACAAACUGACUGCUCUGUAGGUUACUGAUGAAUGUGAUUCUCAAAACUUCUAUUCAGUAAAAAAGAAAUGUGUAUACCCUGA